UUUGUUAAUAUAAUUCAAGUUAGAUCAAUUUGGUUUUGAUUCUUGGUUUAUUCUGAUUUUGUUGCAUCCAUGACCGCUGUUUUUUUUGUAAGUUUUACCUUCAGGUUUGAGUUUUAGGCUUUUGUGAUAUUCGGAUUGGAUUAGUCAUGGGCCAAGAGGUUGAGGCUUAGAAACUUAGUUGUUCUUCAAACUCUUUUUCCCAGAAUAUUGAUUUUUUAUUUUUUAGUUGGCAUUGCUCGUACUAUUACUAUGGUUGUUCUUCUGUUUUUUUAUAUAUGGCUCUUGAAGUUGCCUGGUUCUAAUUGGUAAGGAAAAUCCUAGACAUUAGAGUAGACGUUUAGGGCAUAGAAUGAGCCUAUUUGUUUUCUGAAACUCAGUCGAAAUCUUAGUGGUAUUUUUUUUCCUUCUAAACUAAUGUAGCUGGAAUUUGGUCUGGAUAAAGAGUUUCUUUCUCAAGGAUUAAAUUGAAAUACGACAUUUUUUGAGUUUUUUUAUCAUUUCAGUUAAUUAAAAUUCAUUUCACUUUCAAAAAAAUUUAUUUAAUCUCUCUCUCUAAAACUUUUUGUGAAUUGUUCUUUAUAGUUUUAGUUAGAAUUGCUUAUAAGACGAUUUAUGAUGGCCUUGAUGAAACAACACAUAAGAUUCUGUAAAUUUUUGAAGGCUUGGGCCAAAUAGAAUAUGGCAUUAAGCUUAUUUUGUAUCCAAGCAGGCCCCUGUAACGUGAAUGAAAAGGCCUUAUAAGAUACAGUAGGAGAAGAGACUCAGAUAAGAGAUAUGCAGAACGCAGUUGUGUUGCCCUCACCUGCGAGGCUUGGCCUCUCAACAUCAACUCCUCUCCCUCUAAACCCAAACCAGAACCCAAGCCCAAGCCCCCAAAUCUCAAUCCCAGUACCCAACCAACCUUCAACUUCAACUUCCUCAUCAAUUCCGGCUCCUCCUCUUCUUCAUCAUCAGACCCCUUCCACUCUCCUCUCUCUCUUACCUCCUCAUCCCCGUGCCCAAUUUCUCCUCCUCCAUCUCUCUGCCCUUACAACUAAGCUCUUUGACGUCUCAGGCAACAGAUCGUCAUGGCUGGCAUCUUACAGAGGAACUCUUCCCACCUUCCUCCCUGCCUCAACCCUCCCUCAAGAAGCAUCCUCUGCUUCAACAACAAAGGAGAUCCUUUCGCUUAUCUCCUCUACCCAAUCACAACUCUCUGAAGCCAUUACAGAAUUACAAGAAGCUCUUGACCUUGAAGAAGCAAAACGCAAGCUAGCAAGAGAAACCCACCUCAAAGAUUCAGCAAUGCUCGCUUUUGCCAAAAAGGUGAAGCAAUCAGAGCAACUUCUCGGACAUUUGGUUGAAGAUUACGAAGAUUACAGGAAACCCAAGAAGCGAUUCAAGCCCAAUUCUCAAGCCGAAGACAGUGGUGAUUCUUAUUUGAAACUCUCUGAGAUUUUAUCUUAUGCUCAUCGAAUUAGUUACUCCACUUUCGCCCCACCUGAAUUUGGUUCAGGACAGGCCCCUCUUAGAGGAGCUCUUCCUCCAGCUCCUCAAGAAGAACAAAUGAGAGCCUCUCAAUUGUAUCAAUUUGCUGAUCUUGAUGUUGGGUUACCGCAAAGGGAAGAAACAAUAAAACCCACCUCUGUAACACCAUCUGGUAUUAAUUUCGUUGAACCAAUGGUUGACGUGAAGGCAAUCCAAGGCUUGAUAGUUCCACCUCCGAUGCCUUCUGGUUGGAAACCUGGUAUGCCUAUUGAGAUUGGUGAUAUACCCAGCGUUCCACCUGGUUGGAAGCCUGGUGACCCUGUUCCUUUGCCCCAUGUUGUGGAGGUACCAGCAGGUUGGAAACCAGGAGAUGCAGUUGUUCUUCCUAAACCCGCUGAAGAAACUGUUCCAAUGGUUCAGAAGCAGAUAGUUAGCAAUGCACCAGAGCCUAUCCAAGUCAAGUUUGUGCAGCUCGAUAUCAAUCCGGAUCAGGAUGAUUAUAGUAGCGAGUAUAGUAGUGAUGUGGGUAGCUCUGAGGAGGAUGAUGAAGAAUGAGAAUUGGGUGUGAUAAUUUCUGUGGGUUGCUCUGAUGUGGUUGUUAGGAAGUGGGAUUGUGAUGGAGAAUUGGGUUUUGGAUUUGGGAUAGGAACCAUAUGUGGGAAUUGGCGCAUAUUUAAGUAGUUGCGUUUGGAUAUAAUUGUGGACUAUACUUUUCUGCAGUGGAGCAGAUUGGAAAAGAUAUGUGCAAGUUAUGAGGUGGGAAAUAUUUUCUUAUUUUGGCGCAGGAAACAAUGUAAGUGAAAUCAACUAAUUUUGUUGAUUACAAGAGUCUUGAUUUCCCAAUUUGACUUUAGUAUGUGACCUUUUAUAUAUAUAUAAAAAAAGAAUUUGCAUGAAGUUUGUAAGAAA